AUUAUAGUUUAUAGAUCUCCUAACUAGCUGGGCUGACCCCACUAAUCUCCUUCCAAAAUGCUUCUUAUGUGACAGAAGCCAUCCUUCCAUCCUCAUUCGAGGUAUCUAUUUAAACAAAUCAAAGACUUAAGCACUCAUUAGAAAGGAUGCUAAUGAUUUCAAUCUAAAUAGUCUCCAAUCCCUUCAAGAGCCAAUGGAUUUUCUUUCGCGUGCUUGGUGCAAUUCUGCUAUUCAAGUGUACCAACCAGGGGAACAAGAUCAGUCCAUUGUUCUCCAAGAUAAGAAGUUUAAUUCACCGGAAAGCAACCCGAAAGCCUCAAUUCCGAAGAUGGACAAGAGCAUGAAGAUGGAUGAUGGAGACAACAAGCCUUUGCCCCCAUGGAAAUCAAAUGAUUUGAAGUCAUGGAUCUGGCUACAGCAAGCUAUGCAUCCAGAGUUAAACUACGACCGAUGUUUCCGGAAAAAAUGGGCUCCAUGGAAGCUAAUACCAUUUAAGAACAUAUCUUUGAAGAAAUGGUUUAAGGAUAUAAAGCAGAGGAAGAAGGUGGAAGAGAGAUUACAGAGAGCUGAAGUGCAUGCAGCUAUAUCUGUUGCAGGUGUUGCUGCUGCACUUGCAGCAAUUGCUGCAGAGAACACUAAACACAACCAAAACAACACCACAAAGGAAUCUGCAGUGGCUACUGCAGCUGCACUUGUUGCAGCACAAUGUGCACAAGUAGCAGAAGCCAUGGGUGCAAAAAGGGAGCAGCUCAGCACUGUCAUGGGUUCAGCCAUGAGUAGUACUAGUGCCAGUGAAAUUUUAACACUUACAGCUGCAGCUGCAACUUCAUUGAAGGGAGCUGCUACCCUAAAAGGAAGGCCAGGUCACCGGGAUAAGAUCAAUGGAGUUGCACCAAUACUUCCCAUUGAGGAGAACAAUGAUUUUGACUUUGACUUUGACUUUGAUAAGGGUAGAUCUCUGCUCACAAAGGGAGCUGUGCUUGGAGUGGAAUCACCUGAUGGGAAAAGCAUGUUGAGAUCGGUGUCUGUUAUCCUCAACAAUGAAGCAAAGGUUAUUCUCAAAAUCAAGAAGAUCAAUAUGCUCCCAGCUGCCUUUGCAAGAACAAAAGAAAGUGUUGUGUUGGACUUGCAUGCAGAGCUAUAUAAAGAUUCAGAUGAUGGUGAGGAGGAGACAGACACAUCAUAUCUCAUUGUGCUUACAACAAGUCGGGGAACUAUCAAACUAGACAUGAUGGAUGAUUAUGGUCAUUAUAAGAUGUGGGCUAUGACCAUAACUCAUAUGCUUAUGCUCUCUACUUCAUUUACUAGAUACGAACUUCAAUUCUAUCAAAAUUGAGUUCUGUCUUUUAUAAUAUUAUAUAUAUGUUAUAUGUGCUCUCUAAUGUUCUGUCAAUUUAAUACUUAGUGGUGUUC